AUGGCCUCCAUUCGUGCCAAUUGCCGCAAGAUCAUGUGUAUCGGCCGUAACUAUGCCGAUCACAUUACGGAGCUGAACAACACCACCCCCAAGCAGCCUUUCUUCUUCCUCAAGCCUGCGUCCUCGAUCCUUCUGCCCGGCGCCGGCCCGGUCCUCCGCCCCAAGGGCGUCAGCCUGCACUACGAGGUGGAACUGGGCCUCGUUAUGGGCAAGACCGUCCGUGACCUCGACCCAGAAGAUGAAAAGGGGGCUUUGGAUGCCAUCGAGAGCUAUAUUCUCGCCAUUGACAUGACCGCCCGCAACGUCCAGGAAGAGGCCAAGAAGAAGGGUCUCCCCUGGUCGAUCGCGAAGGGCUUCGACACAUUCUUGCCCAUCUCCCAAGCAAUUGCCAAGUCCCGAAUUCCCAACCCCCAUGAGGCCUUCCUACGCCUGAGCGUUGGCCAGAACGAGCGCCAGGCUGAUUCGACGAGCCUGAUGCUGUACCGCAUCCCGCAGCAGCUGGCCCAGAUCUCCCGGGUCAUGACUCUUGAGAAGGGCGACAUUGUGCUGACCGGUACCCCCAAGGGAGUGGGUGAGGUCAAGGCUGGUGAUGUGAUGCGCGCCUCGAUCGAGGUCAAUGGCCAAGAAAUUGAGGAGGGCCGGAUCGAAGUGGAGGUGCAAGACCGGGAUGGUCGCUAUGAGUUCAAGGAGACCUAG